UUGUAAUUUUUGUAUUAGCACUAGUAUUUUUACAAAUUAUUGUCUUUUAGGCUAAAUCGCAUUUAACUAUAAGUAAUAAAAGGGCGGAGGUUGUUCGAUGUUUUGGUUUAACGCAAAAUCCAUCAAAUGGAAAUUAUAUGCUAGUAAUGAAAAAAAUGGAUAUAGAUUUAAGAAAAUAUUUACAACAAAAUCAUAAUCAACUUACAUGGAAAGAUAGAAUGAAAAUUAUUAAUAAAAUAACUCAUGCACUUUAUAAAAUUCAUAAAGAGAAAGCAGUGCAUAGAGAUUUACAUUCUGGAAAUAUAUUAUAUUCACAAUAUAAUGAUUGCUGGUAUAUUAGUGAUCUUGGAUUUUGUGGACCUGCUGAUAAAUCUUCAACAAGUAUAUAUGGAAAUCUUCCUUACAUAGCACCCGAAGUUAUUGUUGGAAGAGAAUAUACUUUUGCAUCUGAUAUUUAUAGUAUUGCAAUUCUUAUGUGGGAAAUUUCAUCUGGACAAUCACCAUUUAUAAAUUAUGAACAUGAAAAUGAUAUUGUAAUGAAUAUUAUUAACGGUAUAAGGCCAAAAAUUGUACCAGGAACUCCAUUAGAAUAUAAAAAUUUAAUGAAAGAAUGUUGGGAUGCUGAUCCAUUAAAAAGACCUGACGCUGAUACAGUUUGUGAUAAAAUAGAAAAAAUUAAUUUAUAUCAUCAAAAUAUGUCAGAUGAAUUACUCAAAUCAGAAACGGAUAAUUUAGAAAUGAAUAAAGUAGAAGAAAAUUAUACGAGCAGCAGUUUAUUUACAAGUAAAAUUCACAACUUUGGAAAUCUACCUGAACCCAGAAAUGCAACAGAAGAAGAACAAGAAGUGUUUCAUAGUAAAUUGUAUGAUUUUAACAUUCCUAACAAUAUUAAUGAUUUUAAUGAAUCAAAUAAGCGAAAUAGCAAAUCAUCAAAAGUAAUUACUAUUUUUAGAGAUAGUAAUAAAAAAUUAUCUAAAUUAUUUAAAAAGUUGCAAAUAAAGUCAAAUAAUGAUGAAAAGAAAAUAACUCAGCAACAUGUCGAUGGUAGGUGAAAAUUUUACGUAAUAACAAACAAUUUUUAUACUAUUUUAAGUAUGUUUAUAUUCUUAUAGAUGAUGAUGAAGUAUAUAAUAAUCCAAAUCUUCAUUCAGAAGAACAAGAUGAACUGGAAAUUCCUGAUGAUGGAUUUUGAAUCAUUUAACAAUGUUUUUAUUUAUUUAUUUAUUUAUUUUGGGUUAUUUAAACACUAAGACUAGAGUAGUAAAUGUUUUACAAAAUUCUUAGUUUGUAAUUUAAAUAAUUUUAAUAAAUUUAUUCAAAUUAUUAAAUGUA